AUGUCGCUCAACACCAUAUUACAGAAAAUUCAGCAAAAGGGCCGCAUUAAGUCGGUGCUGCCCACAGGGACCAAACCCGUAGCCACGCCGUCAACUUCACGAGGGCCUAUAGCAAGGCCAUCCAGUGACCGACCUGUGGACCCCGUUGUUGCACGACUCAAAGCAGCACGUAAGGCCGAAAAAGAGAAGAAGGAGCAGGAGCUCAGAGAAAAGAAGGGCCUACAGCCCAAGAAAGAGACGAAACCACGGGCCAAAUCACUGAAACCGACUCUGUUCUCAAGAACAUCAGCUCAAUCCACUAGAGCACCAGCAGGAGGGAAUGGAGGUGCAAGGAAUGGAAAAGGCGCAAAGCCACGCAUGGCUGGAAUGGGUUCAGUUGGACUCAGCCAGCUGGUUGAAAAAAAACUGAAGAUGUCCUUCAGUGAACUCAUGAAGAAAGCAUCGCUGAUUGACCAAAGCAAAAUGUCGAUAGCCAUCAAACAGAAGACAAAAUCUCCAGAAAAUGUGGGCCCCAAGCGGCCACCACGGUCCGAUGAUGAUGGUAGAGGAAGAAACGGCGACAGUGGACGUGCUAGUCAGAGUUUUAAACCAUUUAAAUCAGAUAGACCCAGACCUGGCUCGGCGCCGGGAGGAUACGGAAGUCGGAUAUCUGCUCGUGAGUCCCGUGAUUCCCGUGAUUCUCGUGAAUCUCGUGAAUCUCGUGAACGCGAAACUCGCCCCGAGAUAAGGACUCCAUUGCCUACAAGAAAACCUUCUGAGAAGUUACAGGCGCAGUUGAAGGGUCGUCCAUCGGCAAGAAAAGAUGAAGUCGAGUCUGACGAGGAUGACUGGGGUUCAUUCAUAGCAUCUGAUGAAGAGGAGGAGCAGCAGUCGUAUGGUGGAGACUACGACCGAGACGAGAUCUGGUCAAUGUUCAAUAAGGGCCGCAAACGGUCCUACUACGACAAAUAUGACGAUGAAGACUCCGACGAUAUGGAGGCUACAGGUGCAGAGAUCUUCGAGGAGGAGCAGCGGUCUAAGAAGAGAGCAUUGGAGGAAGACAUGAGGGAGAUGAAGGAGGAACAGAGGUUGGCAGCAUUGAAGCAGGCACGUAAGGCGAAACUCGGCAAGAAGUAG